AUGCAUUUAGAUGUUUGUGUUAAUGCCCCGUCUGAACCUAAUGAUGGAAAUGUACUAAGAACCAAUACAAUUGAAGAAGCAAGGAGGGGAGAUGCCCAGAAGAAUCCAUGGAAUAAGAGACCUUAUAUUAAGGUCGAUAUGUCAAAAAUAGAGAAUUUCUUGACUGAAGAUGGGCUGGCAGUGAAGUUAUUUGAGCCAAAUAUGGAAAUCAAUUCAAAAAAGCUUCAAUUAUCUAUGUUUGGCAAAUUCUAUCUUACUGUACUGGGUUCGGGAUGGUUCCUGUGCUCUUUCUUCUCUACUGAAGCAGUUGAGGAGGUACUAUCAGGUGGACCUUGGUUCGUAAAGGGUCACAUUGUGGGUAUAGACAAAUGGAGCCCAAAAUUCACUACUGAUUCAUUGAAAGGUUUGUCUUCUCCCAUUUGGUUGAGAUUACCCAAUCUACCUCUUUACUGUUGGGAUGAAGUAAAUGUAGAAAGGAUUGCUUCGUUGAUUGGAGUCCUUGUUCUCAUUGAUGGAGACAUGUUCCAAUGGGGGAGGAGGGAAUUUGCUAGGGUAUGUGUGAGAAUUGAACUUGAUAAGAAAUUGCCAUUGGGAGUAUGGGUUGAAGGAUUGCAUGGUCGGUUCUUUCAAAAAGUAGAAUACGAGAAAGUAUCAACUCUCUGUUUUAAUUGUGGGAAGCUGGGACAUCUUAACAAGGCUUGUGUUCUUAAAAAGACAAUGGAAAACAUCAAAAUGAUAGAGAGAAAUCCUUCUACUUCAAAGGCUUAG